AUGCCCAAUCAGGCUCAAAACAGGGAUGGAGAGGAGGCUACUAAAAAGGUUGAAGAAACUCUUCAAGUUCUCCCACAGAAUCAGACGAUUCCUUUCCCUCAGAAACUAAUAACCUCCCAGAAGGAUGAAGAGUUCAACCACUUCCUGAAGAAGAUCAAGGAAAUCUGCAUAGAAGUGCCACUGAUAGAUGCACUGCACCAAAUGUUGAAGUUUGUGAAGUUCUUAAAGGGUAUUUUAUCUAUCAGGAGGCAGAAGGGCAACUUCGAGACCAUAGCAUUAACAGAGAAUUGCAGCGCUCUCCUUAUGGCAAAUUCUCCACCAAAGCUUCAGGAUCCAGGAAGUUUCUCUAUACCGUGCAAAAUUAGAUCUGAACUGAUACCGAGAGCUUUCUACGACUUGGGAGCCAGCAUUAGCCUACUUCCAUACUCUUUAUGUAAGAAGCUGGGCCUCCAGAACAUUAAACUGACCACUAUGGCACUGCAACUAACUAACCAUUCAUGCAGAUACCCAAUGGAAAUAGUGGAAGAUGUGCCAGUAGAAGAUGUGCAGAGCCUCCACGAGCUGGCCGUGAGCAUUUCAUGGGCGAGGAGGCAUCGAAGGAACCGAAAGAUCGAAAGGUGA